CUGUCCCGACCCCCGGCCUGGCCCAUCCGGCCCUCUCGGCUGAACGGUUCCGCCGGGCACGCAGGCGGCCUCCCGAGCAGCCCAAGCCCAUGAGGGCCGCGCGCCCAGCCACCGGCGCUGACGAGACGGAGCUCCCCGGCCCCCGAGGAGGAGCGGAGGAUCAAUGCGGUUCAAGAAUCGAUUCCAGCGGUUCAUGAACCACCGGGCUCCAGCCAAUGGCCGCUACAAACCAACUUGCUAUGAACAUGCUGCUAACUGUUACACACACGCAUUCCUCAUUGUUCCGGCCAUUGUGGGCAGCGCCCUCCUCCAUCGGCUGUCAGAUGACUGCUGGGAAAAGAUAACAGCAUGGAUUUACGGAAUGGGCCUCUGUGCCCUCUUCAUCGUGUCCACAGUAUUUCACAUUGUAUCGUGGAAAAAGAGUCACUUAAGGACAGUGGAGCAUUGUUUUCACAUGUGUGAUAGAAUGGUUAUCUAUUUCUUCAUUGCUGCUUCUUAUGCUCCAUGGUUAAACCUCCGUGAACUUGGACCCCUGGCAUCUCAUAUGCGUUGGUUCAUUUGGCUCAUGGCAGCUGGAGGAACCAUUUAUGUAUUUCUCUACCAUGAAAAGUAUAAAGUGGUUGAACUCUUUUUCUAUCUCACAAUGGGAUUUUCCCCAGCAUUGGUGGUGACAUCAAUGAAUAACACCGAUGGACUUCAUGAACUUGCCUGUGGGGGCUUAAUUUAUUGUCUGGGAGUUGUGUUCUUCAAGAGCGACGGCAUCAUUCCAUUUGCCCACGCCAUCUGGCACCUGUUUGUGGCCACGGCCGCUGCGGUGCAUUACUACGCCAUUUGGAAAUAUCUGUACCGAAGUCCCACAGACUUUAUGCGGCAUUUAUGA